AAUCUUAAAGAAGCUAUAUUUACAUGUUCUAUCAAUAAUUGUAGUACAGAAAUCAAAAUUAUUGAAAAGUUGACACUAAUGCAAACUCUAUCACAAAAAAGUAUAAGCAUAGAUAAAGGAGCACAAGAUUUAUUAAUAUUUGAUAAAAAUUCAUUAGUAAAUCUAGAUACAAUUGUAAAAAAGAACUCACAAAACAAAGAAUCUAAUAUACCUGCCUUCACUAUAAGUAAUUUACUAUCUAAACGUGUUGGUGAAGCUACAUCUGCUAAAUCAUCAAAUAAAAAAAAGAAAUCUACAAAUAGAAAAGAUUCUCUUAUAUUAAAAAAACUUAUUCAGGAGCU